UUUACACUUGGAGAACUUAACGUCGUUGUUUUUCGUUUUAAUCGUGUCGAAGAUGUAGAGUUCUUAAACACUAUGACGAAGUUCUGUACACUACUAGCCCUUUUCGUCCUUCUGAGUUACACUGCAGUGGCAACUACAGAAAACAGAGAACAAAUCAAUCGCGAGUGUAAACCUUUUCCUUAUCCUUUCUUCGACUCUGUUCCAUUUUUCUUGGAUUUUAUUCGUUGGUUCUCGUGGUUCUUCAGCAGUUUAAUUAACGCAGUUUAUUGUGUACUUAAUACUGUAGUCAUCACUGCCUGCGAGAUUAUUUCCAAUGUCUUUAGUGGCUUCAAACAAGCUAUCAAACUGGUGGAGUAUCUCGGUUACUGCGUUCGAGUGAUCCUGCAAUUGAACUAUAACUUUGUGUCUUCCAUUUUCGCUUGUCUUUCCAGGAUUGCUCAGCUUAUCAAGGAUACAGUUCUUUGCAUUAUCGACGGUACAAUCAACGUGAUAUCUUCUUCAUUCCGACUUUUAUUGAACCUUAUUCGUGGUAUUGUGUCUAUAAUUCCUACUGGAUUUAACCAAGCCUUUCACGGUGCAUCUUCCGCGAAGAAUGCCACGGGAGUGCUUCUUCACAAGUCUUACCUCGGAUGGAAGUACAUUUUAGGAACUCCUAGCACAGCCCUAACAACUAUUGUUACAAGCGUAAGAGCUGUGCUUGAGUGUGCAUUAAUGUCAAUCUGGAACACAGGUGUGCUAUUAGUUGAUUUGCUAUGGGCAAUUACAAGAUCAGUUUUCCAUGGAAUCGAAUUCGUGGGGAAAGCUGUACAUACUUGUUCACUUUCUGGCUGGCAACACUUGAUAAACCUUUCGAAAUUGAUUAUUGAUGGACUACAGUGUCUGUUGCUGGCGAUAGGACAGUCUUUUCUUUGGAUAAGUGGGGCAUUUGUGUGGUUGAUAACUUUUAUCUUCCAGUUCUUUGUGCAAGGAUUUUAUACCAUAUGUAUAACCAUCGCAUGGGCAAUUACUCAAGUUUUAUCGGGCAUAUGUACUGUCUUUGAUGCCAUAAGUAAUUGCUUUCUCCUUUGCAUCAGAAAGCUUUGCAAUCUCGGGACUGUGACAGCCCACUGCAUUCCAGGUGGCAGGUGGACUCUCCUGAGUCUUGUUUCAACCACAUUUUUAUGUGCUUAUUCAUGGUCGGUCUUGAAAAUAAAUGUGUUUGCUGUGGCAUUUAGACUUUUGGAAAACUACACUCAAGCCUUUUUAGCCUUUCUUUCAACCUUACAAGGUCCAGACAUUUCAAGAUUAAAACAGAUUUUCACAACUCAGGCGCAGUCACACCACUUUUCUGUGGAAGAAAAAGACAGUGGACUUAGAGAAGAACUUGAAAGAGAACGUGACAAGAACCUUUGUGUUGUGUGCCAAACAGAGAGUAAGAAUAUUGUUGUCAUGCCAUGCCGACACAUGUGUAUGUGCAAGAGUUGCUGCACACGGCUAUUCCAUCAUCAGAGAUUUGGCAGACAGACUUGUCCAUUGUGCCGUCGCACUAUCACAUCAACUCUAGAAAUUUACUCUUAAGUUGCGGGUUACCUGCACUACUACUGGGUGCAGAGACUUGUAUCAAGUAAUGCUCAACAAUUUACAUUUCUAAAGAUGAAAUGUCUUUAGCAUAAUGUAGGAAUGACAGUAAACCUUACCCAGACAAGGGGCCAAUGAAUUGCCACAGUUACUGACAUCUACUUGCAUGAAACACGAGCCACUAUAUAUUUUGUGAAGCACUUCUCUCCAAUAAUUAUUCUGGUUUUUUUGAGAGGUCUUCAUUUUACUCCUACUUUAAGCGCAAUAGGUGCACUGUUCCUGUCAAAUCACAGGCAAAAGAAACAGCUUAGAGCAAAUUUUUUUCACCGUUUAUAAUGCUUAAUUUCUGAAACAUUUUUAAGGAAUUAGUACUAAGAAAGAAUUAACAAGAUUGGAUGGCAAAAUACAUGAAGUACCAUUCUCUGCAUGCUUGCUUUUUUAAUGACACCUCACAAUCACAGCAGUGUGAAAAGAAAGUGACAACUUCAGUACCAGAGAUGGCCUGUUAUUGUUAUCAGUAAAGUAGAGAUAACUUUGAAUGACACCAGGUUUGAGUAUUUUCUAUUUACCCAAUCAAUAGGUCUGUACUCUUAUCGACAAUGACAUCACCACAGUGGUCGAAAUGUUGUGGACUAACGGGGCACAGCUGAAUUAGUCCACAACAAAUUUUGACCACUGUAAUGAUGAAUGUAGUUGUUGAAAAGAGUACAGAGCAUGCUAAACCACUGUUAAAUUGUUUUUUACCACAAUGUGGACAUCAUAUGAAAUGAUUUUUUUAGUGCUAGUCAACCAUAUCUGAGAACUGAUAAAGGCAUUGCGUGGCAUGUUGAUGCAAGUAGCAUUGUUUGUACUUUUAUUGACACAGCAAAUUGGCCAAUCAGAAUGCUGCCAGUUGUAGUAAGAGUAAGUUUUGUAGUAUUGAAUGCAGGCAGGAUUGUCAUUAGAAGCUGGUAGGCGGCAGAAACCUCUUCAGGUUCGGACCAUUUUGCACUGGCUACUUUGUGAAUUGUGAUAAAAUACUAAAAAUGAAUAUUUUUGAACCAGUUCCAAUAUCAAUGUUUGGCUAAAAAACCUUACUCAGAUAUGUUCCAGAAUGUAGGAAUUCACAUCUCAGAGAGUUUCAAAUCUUGAACUUCCCUAGUGUGCCCCCAGAACUCCUUUGAAGGGCAUGUUGCUCUAAACAUGCCACCCUCAUUACAUAAGAUCAUACAUCUUACAUAGAUCCUAAUAGCAGCCCCACGUAGCUAUAGUUCCUUGUUAUGAAGUUUACUUUUGGGAGUUUCACAGAGCUGAGUUGCUGUUAGUGAGGUUUCAUACCUUUUUGUGCAAAAUGUAAUUUAUAAUUAAGAAUUAAAUUUUGCCAUGUUAAAUCA